UCUUCCAGCAUUAGAUAACCAUUACUGGGUCGUUGUACAUGUACUUUACCCAAACUUGUUUCCUCUAACUGGGCUUGUCGAUCCAGAAAACAAAGCCUUUCUGUUGAUAAUUUGAUGAUGAUAUUCGGCUGUAUACGUAGAAAAGCAGUGAGGACGUGCUUCCUCCAGUAAUAAGAUGAUGUAGCUAUGGAAGAAUGUUUUAGUGUAUUCCAUAGACUUAUACUCCGAGACUGCGUACUUUCAUGGCCGCUGGUUUUUGCCCUUUUUGAAAAAAUCUUCGUUGCCAAGCGUGCGUACUGUGCGUGGCGCAAUUUUACCCCCCAAAUAGAGUGCAAAACACCAGUUUCGCUACUGUCGAAUUAGGCCUUGCCCUUCAUCUAGCUCUAAUCAAAUUAAAAUAUCACGCCCUCCAUAGUGAACCGGAAAUACACAUCAUAAUGUAUGCGUACCAAAGUGCUCGAUCUAGGAUAUGUUUAAUGUUAUAAAUCUAUGGCUAGCUGCGCGUCAAUUCAAUGACGUAAUACUCAUCACACAUUGUCACGUCUCUUCAGUUCCCUUCUAUUUCUAUGGGAAGUAGAGCGAAAGAGGAAAAGAAAAUAGGUGAGACAAGAUCACGAGGCAGACUCCACACAUGUCCAUUUGAGUAUAAAUAUUAAUGUCGUGUGCAAUCUCACCAUUAGAAAAGGUGUGCUCUGUUCGUGAAUGCGCAGGCUUGUAGGUUUUUUUUCUUUUCAAAAAUGCCCUAUAGCGUUUGGUAAAAAGGAGAAGAAAAAGGGUGGGGAGUCAUGCGUAGUAUUACUCAGCUGUACAGUAUUGAUUUUUAAGAAGGAAUGCUGGGAUUUACUUUUUAUGUAUCAUCGAAUAACGGAAUAGUUUUAUCUGCACGACAUCAAUGUUUUAAUCUGAAAACUUGGUCAGCUGUAUUCAAACAACCGUCCCCCCCCCCUCCCCCAUCCUCUUUACUCGGUUUCCCCUCACCGUUUUUGGUGGAAGUUGGAUGCAAGGUGCUUUUUGAUUUGACGUAAAAGUCUGCCCUCCUUUUUCUGUUGCUUCUCUUUAUCUAUGGGUAUUUUUUUUUUCUUUCUAGCACUUAAAGAACGUAUUCGUGAUUGAACGCUUUCUUUUGACUCAAAACCCCCAGGAUUUUCCACACGCUUUGCUAUAUUUACCAAAUCAUCUCACUCGUGCAAGCUCGCUCCAAGCUGACAGGAUGGUUAAAAAGUCCCACGACGGACCGGGGGAGAAGCUGCAAAGUUUCGAGAACGUCAUUGUGUCGAGCUGUAACUGGAUACCGAUUUGUGGUGGGGACGGGGGUGGGGUGGGAGGGGGGAUGGGAUGAUCCUCAGGUAGAUAUACAUGUAUAUAUAUAAAUAUACUAGACACACCUUGUCCUUCAGCAAAUACAGUGGACGUCACUAGCUCUGCUUCUGAAGAGACCUAAUCGCCUUGGGAGAAUAUAACAUUCUCGGGGUUAUUUCACUACAAUGUUUUUUUUCUAGAUACGUAGCUCUUAUGUAGGCCGCUAAGAAAGCGUUCCUAAAUCUCUAAUCCCGUAUACUAGAAAUAAAUAAUAGUAUUAAUUCGUAAUUAGUUUCGCGCACAGCAGCCUAAGCCAUUGUACUUUCGUAUAGCGGGCGAAAGAAGGGAGAGGAGAGCUUAUCUUGAAUUCUAUUAAAAUGAAAUUACAUUUAAAUCGCCGGAAAGCUGCUGUUUGUAGGACACUUUUAUUAAUGUUGAAUUGACGGAGGGAAGGAAAGAAAUGAGCUUUUAAAAAAAUAGAAGGACGGCGAUCUAGGACUCUUGUUUCAACAUGUACCUUUGUCGACUUGUCGGGCUCGUCACAGAUGCUAGGACGUAAUACAGCAGUCACUGUCUAUAAGAGCUGGACUUUGUUUGCUGGAGCUUUCGCCCACCCACUCGUUGUUUUACAAUAACUUCCAAUACGACCAAACAGUGUGCACUUAGUUUGUUCAUGUGACAGAGUAGCCGAAACAAACGGACAUUUUGGGACAGAACUUCAGCGAUACAGGAAUAGCGGACCACAACAAGUCGUAUGAAGAUGGCGUUUCGGCUUCGCAGUCUCCUCUGCGGCGUGCUCAUGUCUGACCAGGAAGCCCGCGCCGUGUGUCGACAUACCCGCGUCCUCUACAGCCUCAAGGCCCUUCUGCUCAUGCUGGCUGCUGUUCUCAUCUUCGAGCUUUAUGCUUCUGUAGCACAUCAGUGGCUCCCUCCGAGCUACGAACCAGAGAACGUCCCAGGCAAACUUUUGCCCGCCAAACCUGAAAAGAAGCAAAUCCUGCUCAUCACAUAUGGCCGGAGUGGCUCUACAUUCACUUCUGCCAUCAUCAGCCACCCCAACAGCGUGUUCUACACGGCAGAGCCUCUACAUCGCAUGCCAGACUCCUACGGUAUAUACGACAGACCUCUUCCCGAAAGGACACGACUGAAAGCUCUGGACAUGAUCCGCGCGUUCCUAGAGUGUGACUUCAGGGCUAUCGAUCCCCAGACCUACUCAUCCAUCAUGUUCUUGUCCAGCAACUCCACCUACGACUUCAAGAGGUGUAUAGAGAAUCAGAAGAAAGCUGGCGUGAGCUACGUGGGCUGCUUCCUCCACAUGUGGGAUCUGUGCACCGCCAGUAACGUGACGUACGUGAAGACAAUACGGGUCCGUAUGUGGUGGGCCGCCUGGUUCCUGGACCGCAUGCCCAACCUCAAGGUUCUUUUCCUUAUACGUGACCCCAGAGCCACCCUCUACUCCCAAGCUGCCAACUUCCAGAACUUUGACCCCAACAAGUCCGCAGCUCCAAAGUCCAAAGAGUUUUGUGACGAGGUCCGAGGGGAUGUGAGCAGCUUCCAAAACCUCAGCUCGCUCUACCCAGGACGCCUCAUGGCGAUACGGUACGAAGACGGCGCUGUAGAACCCAUGCGGUUUGCCAAAAAUAUCUACAAAUUUCUGGGAAACGAAUUCGAUCGCGACAUGGAAGAAUUCGUCACCAGAAUAGUGUCUUCGUCCAAAUCUGGUAAAAAGUUGGAGGAAAACAGUUACGGGUACGAGAAAAAGAAUUCCACAGCCACGAUGAAUCGAUGGCGGAAAAAGGCUGAGUUUAAAACUGUUCAGGCGUUUGACGAGAGCUGCAAAGACCUGUACCCGUUGUUUGGCUAUCGUCAAAUUGACUCUGACGAACUGUUGAAGUCCGACUCGUCUCUUCUUACUUCCCCGUCAUUCCACGGAUUCUUUAAGCCUUUGUGAUACCGUUUGCUCUCUCAAAAUAAUGUUACACAUCCAAUAAUACUACUGAAAACCGGUUUUCUUCGUGCACAACUUGAAUUCCCGAUUUUGACGAUUUUCAAAGAAGAUUUCAAAAGGUUCGCGAAAUAUGACAUGGGCAAAACGUUGAAGAAAACAGAAAAAAACAACAACAAAAAACAAUCAAACUCGGUGAACAAUUAAAAAGUAACGUGUUCCAAACGU